AUGUCAAUUCUUUGGAAAAGGAUAACGCUUGCCCUCCUUAUCGUGUCCAUAACACCUAAGAAAUCAGAUGGGGAGUUAGAGCAAUGGUGCAUAGCGGAUGAGCAGACCCCAGAUGAUGAGUUGCAGAUGGCAUUGGAUUGGGCUUGUGGGAAAGGUGGUGCAGAUUGCAGUAAGAUUCAAGUGAACCAGCCUUGCUAUUUGCCAAAUACUGUGAGAGAUCAUGCUUCUUAUGCCUUCAACAACUACUUCCAAAAGUUUAAGCACAAAGGUGGAUCUUGCUACUUCAGAGGAGCUGCUCUCAUUACAGAACUUGAUCCCAGUCAUAGCUCUUGCCAGUAUCAGUUCUAUCCCUGA